CUACUAUAAUCACGACUGCGAUGUUCUGCGAAACGUUUCAAUGAGGUUGUUUAUAACUAUCGUCGCACGAGCAAAUUUACUUUUUGUUCAACAAAGUGGCAAAGACUUUUAACGCUGUGCUCUGUGCUCGUCCUGUAACUGUUGAAUAAAGUUACGAAACCGUCGAAGAAAUCCAACAAAAUACUUCUGGGCAAUGGGUGAAAAAAAAAAAUCUUUUUGAUUUUCAAGUAUUAGCACUGUGAAUCAAGGGACACCAAUUCAGCUCACGGCUUGAGAUUUUACACAUACAAAAAAACAAUGGCUCUGGGACAAUCUGAAACGGGGCCUGACAAGGACACUUCAUCAGUCACCGAAAAUUCGACUAUUUCUGUGGAAGAGUCCGGAACGGAACUCGGAGACGAUUUCCAAACUACAUCCAAAAAUACUGAAGAUUCAAAGAGUGACGACGUUGAAAAUGGAGCCGCGGCUACUACACCGAAACGAGACAGCUGGGGAAAUGGGUUAGAAUUUCUCAUGUCUUGCAUUGCACUUUCGGUAGGGCUCGGAAACGUUUGGAGAUUUCCUUUCAUAGCACUGGAAAAUGGCGGGGGAGCUUUCGUCAUUCCUUACAUCAUUGUUCUAUUUCUGGUCGGAAGACCCAUAUAUUACCUCGAAAUGGUAGUCGGUCAGUUUUCGAGUCGCAGCAGCAUUAACGUCUUUGACCUGUGUCCGCUCACUAGAGGAAUCGGCUACGGUCAGAUGCUAGCAACGAUGUUCGUGACAUCGUAUUAUGCAUCAACCGUUGCCAUAAUAAUACGAUUCUUCGUUUCGUCCUUUUAUCCAACAUUACCGUGGAGCCAUUGUCGAGAGGAAUGGGGCGAAAGCUGUUACGAUUCGGCGGCACGUCUAGAUCCAGAUUCUGACCAUCAGUUGCCAGUUAAUGGUACCACAUCGGCGGAAUUUUUUUUCAUUGAAGACGUUUUAAAGGAAAAAGAAACCAUUUUUGACGGAGUCGGCACGCCUGAUCUACAGCUGGCACUUUACUUGCUAUUGACAUGGACCAUAAUAACGUUAAUCUUGAUCAGAGGCGUCAAGAGUAGUGGCAAGGCAGCCUAUUUCUUAGCUCUUUUCCCGUACCUCAUCAUGACAAUUUUGUUUUUCCGUUCGGUCACUCUACCAGGAGCUGGCAACGGUAUCCUAUUUUUAUUUAAACCCGAAUGGCAUCUACUCUACUCACCAUCGGUCUGGUACGCAGCUAUAACACAGGUGUUUUUCUCGCUGAGCAUUUGCUAUGGUGUUAUAACCAUGUUUGCCUCGUACAACAAUUUCUCGCACAAUAUUUUGAGAGAUGCGACGAUUAUCACUAUGCUGGACACGUUUACCUCUCUGUUUUCGGGUAUCAUCAUUUUCGGGAUAUUGGGCAAUUUGGCGCACGAAAGUGGCACAACGGACAUCACUGCUGUGGUGCAGGGUGGAUCAGGAUUGGCCUUUGUUUCGUAUCCGAAUGCCAUAUCGAAAUUUGAUGUUGUGCCGCAACUGUUUGCAGUGCUUUUCUUCUUUAUGUUGUUUGUGCUCGGAAUCGGAAGUAAUGUUGGACUGGCCACUUGCCUGUUUACCGUGCUCAAAGACAGAUUUCCACACUUGAAACGGUGGCAAAUUGUUAUACCGUUGACAAUAACCGAAUUUUUUAUCGGCAUAAUGUAUACGACACCGGGUGGUCAGCACUUGCUAAAUUUCAUCGAUUUCUUCGGUGUGUCGUUCCCCGUGUUUGUUUUGGGAAUUGCUCAAUUGAUAACAUUCUGUUGGGUCUACGGUGUCGAUCGAUUGUGUUUCGAUAUUCAGUUUAUGUUAGGCAUUAAAACUGGUUGGUAUUGGCGCAUAUGCUGGUCGAUCGUAACGCCAGCUUUAAUGAUAGCGAUUUUCGUCUAUUUUGUGGUUGAAUUGGCCCAAUCACCGGAUCCGAUCACUUAUAAGGAUAGACCGUAUCCGAACGCAGUUUACAUCAUUGGCUGGAUUAUAUUCGUGGUCGGAGUAUCACAAAUACCUGGAUGGGCUAUUUACGCUGUUUACAAGCAGAAAGGGUCCACGUUAUUAGAGAAAAUACGAAAUGCUGCUAAGCCUCUGUCCACUUGGGGACCAAUUGAUCCAGAACUCAAUAAAAAGUAUCACAAAGAGCUGCCCGUCGAACAGGAAGGACUAAGUAUUUGGGAAAAAAUUAAGAACAAUGUGACCGGUGCGAUGAACGUAAAAGUGGAGACCUCAACUUAAUGCAAUUAGGAGAUUAAUUUGUUUUUAGAAAUUAGUUAAGAUUGACCCCUUACAGUGAAAGUUAAGUAAACCACUGAAGGUACACUGGUGAAAAUAAAAUUCUCAAAGGUUCGAAAUACGUAGUCUCACGUCUCAAAAGACAAUAGAAUUGAGACCAUGAGACUACGUAUUUCGAACCUUUGAGAAUUUUAUUUUCACCAGGGUGCAAGCUGCAAAAAAAAAAUCAACACAGAACCCAAGUUUCGGGUGAAUUCGAGUGCAGCGCAAAUUCACUGUAGCUGCGAUUUCAAUAGAAUUUAUGACGUCUUGACAUCCAUGCUGUCAUCAUCAUACAUUCCAUCAAUUCAUCGAAAUCGUCUGCGCUACACCAGACGAAAGACGACGCUGCACUUAAAUUCACCCGAAACUUGGGUUCCGCAUUUCUUGUGAAUUCUUGUUGUGUAGAAGAUUGGCAUUACCUUAAGUGAUUUAUAUACACCUCGGUGUUUUUUUACGUUGAUCAGGUUUUUGUAGCUAUUAAUGUACGAACCUUCCACUUCCUUGAUGCUACUUCCGUUCAACUGAAUCCCGACUGUGCCUUAUUGGAAAUUGACUGGAAAGAUACGUUGGCAAAAUUGAAAAA